CAUGAACGCGUUGCAUUGGAGGGCCAUUCAAGUACCGGCGAUGAAGAAGAGAAAAAGAUCCCCAAAACAGGUGGCGCCACCUCCCUCGACGCCUCCAUCGCCCCAAACCCAAACCCGCCACUCUCUCAACGCCACCAAAUCAUGGGCCUGGGCCCCUCUCAACCUGGCCCAGCAAGAACUCUCCCUGCCCCUCACCUUCCCCACGGGCCAAACCUUCCGUUGGAAAAACACCGCCCCUCUACAAUACACCGGCGUCGUUGGGCCCCACCUUUUAUCCCUCAAAAACCUCCAAAACGGCGACGUUUGCUACUGCCUUCACUCCCACUCCCACUCAGACGACGCCGUAACGGCCCUCCUUGAUUUUCUAAACGCCAACGUUUCCCUCGCCGACACGUGGAAGGUUUUCUCCGCUUCCGAUGCCAGGUUCGCCGAGCUCGCGCGCCACUUGGGUGGCGCCAGGGUGCUCCGGCAAGACCCUUUCGAGUGCCUUAUUCAGUUUCUGUGUUCUUCCAAUAACAACAUUGCAAGGAUCACCAAAAUGGUCGAUUACGUUUCGUCCUUGGGAACUUACGUUGGCCACGUUGGAGGCUAUCAGUUCCACGCUUUCCCCAAUUUGGAACAACUUUCAUUGGUCUCUGAGCAACAACUCAGAAACGCUGGUUUUGGUUACAGGGCUAAAUACAUAAUUGGCACGGUAAAGGCUUUGCAAUCAAAACCUGGUGGAGGGGAAGAGUGGCUUCGGUCUCUUCGUAAAUUGGAUCUUGAAGAUGUUAUAUCUGCACUUUCUACGUUACCUGGUGUGGGUCCUAAAGUGGCUGCUUGCAUUGCUCUUUUCUCACUUGAUCAACACCAUGCCAUUCCUGUUGACACUCACGUGUGGCAGAUUGCCACCAAGUAUCUCUUACCUGAGCUUGCAGGUUCCCAGUUGACACCGAAGCUCUGCAAUCGUGUUGCAGAGGCAUUUGUAGCCAAAUAUGGUAAAUAUGCCGGCUGGGCACAAACUCUAUUAUUUAUAGCUGAAUUACCUUCACAAAAGGCCCUUCUACCUUCACAUUUGUGGACUAUCAAACAGCACAAUCCUGCGAAGAUAGAAGAUGGCGAAGAAGAAUUUGAGUGAGAUCUACAAAUGGUGUGGCUCUCAAUGGACAAGGGUUAGGUGUGACAUGCUGCUGUCAAGAAUUCACAAGUUAGAAUAUGGUGAUAACGGACUGCUAUGUAGGUUAUUCCAUUAUAUAACUGUUGACUGCCUUGUCUGGCUUUCAUUUUUCUUCUUUGCAUUUUAUUAGAUUUGAUUGAUCUGUUGUAAUUGAUAAUCAGUGUCUUUCUUCUUCAUUAGAAAAGAAAAAAAGAAAGAUUUAUUUUUCUUGUUUCAUGUUGUUUGACUUGAAAUUCUGCUUUCCCUGUAAAUAGAUACUUCGCCUAGUUGAUUAUUUACUUUCAUUUUAGCUCCUGCAGUUAGAAAGACCUGUCUUUUGCCUGUUUGGUUCUUAUGUGCAAUAAACAUGUUAUCUGUUUGAACAUAUUCUUUUGUUUAAUGAACGUUUCUAUGUACAUAUGCACUUCUUCUAGUGACAUGGUGAUAUUAAAUUUUCAAGAUUUUUGACACUUCCUUUCAUGUUUUUACUGAGUCAUUGUAUGCCUUUAUCAAGAGGUAGCAAACUGAUUUUUUUUUCUUUGUUAUUUUUUAAGACCUAUUUCAAUAGGUACAUUGAAAAGGGUAAUAUUCACACAAGCACUGGUAUUGAAAUUUUUUUUUUGAUAUGCUUAGUUCUUCAUUGCAAUUUGCUUUGUAUAUAUACUAUUACUGUGUUAUUUUUUCUUCUUUAGCUCAUAACUUAUGCUCCUUUGAAUUGGAAUGUUGAACCUGGCCCUUCCUCUUUCUUAAUUGAAAUUCUGGAUGACCAAUGUGCUUCUAAUUUAUUAUAUUUCCUGGAUGAUCAAAUAAUAAAUAUAUUAAUGUUAUAGGAGUGUUGCAUGAAACCCCAACUUCAAGGUUUGGUAUUGAAAGGUAAUAUGACUUGUUGAGUUCUUCAUUGCUACUUGAUUUGUUUCUAAACUAUUACUUUGUGCUGCUUUUCUUUCUUUCCUUUUCUUGUUUGGCUCAUAACUUCUGCUCCUUCACAAUGAAGAGUGGAUUUUCUUUGACACACUUUAACGGAUUUUAAUACCUUGAUUAUGAUCAAAUACUACAUAUUAUAAGGUUUACAGUAGAUUUUAGGGGGGAUUGGUGUAUGUGAUACCUGAAUAAAAAUGUUCAAUUGUAAGUAAAUAAAUGCUUGCAUGCAGGUAGGAGACUCGAAUUAUAUUUUAAGGUAUAUAUAGAGUGUAAAAUCCAAAUUUGAAAACAUGAAGAAAACAGAAUUAAUUAUUCAAGCACAAGGCACUUAUGUCAUUUUUGUUUGAAAAAGUUAUGCACUAUAAAAAAUUAUCAUUUAGAACACCUAAAAAGUUUUGUUUGUUUUCAUACAUGUUGUCUAAUUUGCAUCAAUAACUUAAGGAUGACAAGUAUCAUCUGCUAAGAGAAUGGCUCCUUGGUCACAAGAACAAUUAAUGAAGAUAUUGAAAUUCCUCACGACUAAUGACAAUUUGUUUGUCUCUAAGACCGCCUUUUUAUAUCUUGGAGAAGACAUCUAAAUUUGUAUCUGGGAGAGAGAGAUACAGGGUCACAAUAACUAUCUUUCCUUUAGCUAUUCAUCUGGGCUCUCUGCAAGUAAUAAGAUAACCCUUUACGCUAACCUGGAGCAGAAAUGCUACAAAAAAGUAUAAUUGAAGAUAGAGCAUUCUUGUAUACUCAUGACGUGCUAUCUUUCCCUGUAAUGUGGACUGUGUCUAGAGUGAUCCCUAAUGGGUUUCCAGUAUCUUCUUCUAGUAGAACUAGCAGGUUCCCAGUAGAUUUUAGGAAGGACCUAGGUAUGUGAUACCUGAAUAAAAAUGUUCAUUUAUAAGUAAAUAAAUGUUUGCUGUGCAGGUAGUAUAUUUUUAGGUAUAUUGGCAGUGAAAAUUCCAGAUUUUAAAGUGUGUAGAAAAUAGAAAUUUAUUAUUCAAACACAGCUUUUAUAAGCAUCUCUUACUUUUGUUUGAAAAUGUUAUUUUAUCUAAGACGAUGAUAAUUUGAACACUGGGGAAAAAAAUGUGGCAUAGGAACAUACCAUUUCUGUGAAGGAGUUCCCUGUGGUGUGUGGAAAGACACCCAAUAUCGGCCAAUACCUUGGCCAUUAACCCAAGCAAAUCCCUUUCCCAUAGAACCAAGGUUCAGCACCACAGGAUCAUUUCCCACUGGUGCAUCAAAUGUGGUCUGUUGAUCAGCAGGGAAAUAAAAUAUUAGUGUACUGUAAAAGUAAUGUUGAAGAUAAAUGGUCAGCAGUUGUGAUGGUGAAGUGGUUUACACCUUAAUCCUCUUUCCAAUCCAUAAUAAGGGUAGUGACUAACUGUAGCACAAAGUAGUAGGAGAAACAACAAAAACUAAGGCCUUUUAACAUAUUUAGUUGGAUGCCCUCCAAGAUCAUCUAUGCUUUGUUGAAGAAGAAUAAUGGAACUGCAAAAUUUUCUGAUGAUAAUAUACCUGAUACCAUGUCAGUGGUUUAGUAGAGCUUUGAAAACUUUCCCACUGAACUUUACUUGAUCCACUAGCUGUAUAGACUUGCAAUUUUUCUCCUAACAAUCCAACCUUCAUUUAAAAAUUUAACAUCAGCAAGCAGUAGACGAUAUUUAAUUUAAAGAAUAUGCAAUCAGAGCUGACAGUUCAAAAUCAUAUCUAUUUCUUAUGAUUUGAAAUUUUAAGCAGUUGAUAAUUAUAGUAUAUAGGGGUCAAUUAAAUAAAAAUUUGGUCAGAGAGUAAAUGGUGUAGGAAAAGCAAUAUUAACUUAAUUCUGAGAACUGCAUUAUGAUGAGUAUGCCAAGAUGGUUUAUGAUUAAAGAAACAUGAUUGAUAAUUGAGAUCUCAUUUAACUGCAGUCUACUAAGUCAGCAUCUCACAGUUUAGAGAUAAUCACCUGAUAUCCCCAUGCUUGAUUUGUGAAAUCUCUGCCUUGAACUUUCACUCUAUACAAACCAGCUACUCUGCGCUCUAGAUAUGCUCCUGAGUUCUUCAUGCAGAACACAUUUCAUGUAAUCCAUUAUAAAUUAUUUGGCUACCAUAUUGUCUGAUAUUUAUUUCAUAUGAUUAUUAAACAGAAUGUGCUUGAUUCUACAAGGGCAUGCCUAACAGAUUGAUAAGAACCUUGAGAGAACCACAAUACAAAAGUUAGCUAUUGUAGUUGGAGAGUUCAAGGCAUAAUAAGCCUCACAUUAGAACCAAAUACUUCUAUGUGGGAGUCAAAUCUCAUUCUUGCAAUUAGAUUCUAACACAAAUAUUUGUUGUAAAGGAAACAUCUCAAAUGAAAUAACCAUGCAUAUUAUGUCGUACUUCAUCUUUAGAAUUGACAAUUAUCAUGGAGAUCAGUUUAAUAUUCAACAUUUAUCUUUUCUAAGUAGUUUCUUUUGCUGGUUAAUAAUGAAUAAAAAUAAGACUUAAUAAUGGAAACAAUUACCGGCAAUCCGACUGUUGCACUGAGGAAAGAAAUAUUGUUCAUCCCAUUUAUAAGAUUGAGUUUGUUCUCCAUGAUGAAAGAUGCAUUUCUGUGACUUCCAUGUGCAGAACCUAGAGUUAGAAGCAUGAAUAGAGCCCUAAUUAACAUCUCAAAUUGUAGUUAUGAAAAGUAAAGUAAAUAAGUGAUGUAGAAUAUACUGAAGAUGAAAAGUAAAAUAAGCAUUAUAAUCUAAAAAAGAUGAAAGACAGAUAUGGACCC